AUGGUUGCCACUAGUUUGGCUUUGGCUGAGCAGCAUAACUGCCAGGGACUCAAGGAGGCUUGCUUUGAGUUCCUUGCUUCUCCUUCCAAUCUGGAGGCAAUGAUCGCAAGUGAUGGUUACCAACAUCUCAAAAGCAGUUGCCCGUCUGCUCUGAAAGAGCUCAUUGCUAGAUUCUUGCCUGUUGAGCUGAUACCAGCCAUGGAUACUAUCAGGUUAAUUUGA